AUGGGCAUUGUCGAAGAAAUUUACUGCGAGAAUUUCAUGUGUCACCGCAAACUCCGUGUGGUGCUAUGUCCGCACACGAAUUUCAUCACGGGCGAAAACGGCAGCGGCAAAAGCGCAAUCAUUGCAGCGCUUCAGAUCUGUCUCGGGGCCAGUGCUCGGAGCACACAUCGGGGCAAGAGCAUAAAGAAUUUGAUUCGCCAUGGACACGAGGGCAAUGCUCUGGUGCGAAUCACCCUGCGCAACGAUGCUGUCGGUAGCGACGCGUUUCGUCCCGAGCUCUUCGGCCGGAAGAUCCUCGUCGAGAGACUUAUUCGCCGAGACGGAUCGGCUGAAUACCGACUGCGAGACGAGAAGGGACUGAUGGUGUCGAAGCUCAAGGCAGAUUUGGACGCGAUGCUGGAUCAUCUGAACAUUCAGACGGACAAUCCGUGUGCGAUUUUGGACCAGGAGAACGCCAAGCUUUUUCUGAAAGGCAAUUCGCAAGAUAAGUACAAGUUUUUCCUCCAGUCGACGGAUUUGUACAAGAUGAGAACGACGUACUCGAAGAUUGACGAAGAGACGAGGACCAUUGCUGAGUCGACGUUGAAGAGGGAACGAGCCAAGAUUGCUACGCUAAAGAACGCGAUGGACGAGGCUACAAAGCAGUGGAAAGAGGCACAGAGUAUCGGAAUGCUGGAGGAAGAGUUCGAGGUGCUUAAAAAGGAAUUGGCGUGGUCUUUCGUAUGUGAGAAGGAAGCCAUGGCCGCGAAGGUCGAGAAGAAGAUGAAGCGAAAGAAGCGCGAUGCCGAACAGGCUGCUGACAAAUACGAAGAGGCGAGGGAGGCGGUCGAUAAGCUGGAGCAAAAACAGAAAGAGAAGAAUGACAAGCUCGAAGAAGUGAAUGCACGCAUGAGCGAAAAUAGUCAACGAAAAGGAGAAGUGAAAAACAGGAUCCGUGAGGCCCGUCGCCCGUUGCACAACUGCAAGGCGGAAAUAAAGCAGCUAACGCAGUCCAAACAACGUGCCAACCAGCGACUAGCCCGUUUGCAACAAGACUUGCAGAAGAAGCGCGAGAACCACGAAGUGAUGCUUCGUAAUCGCAUGCACCGCAAUGAUGAAAUGCGUGAGCGUAUCGAGACGGUGCAGCGUGAAGUGCAGGAAGCCGAGCAUGAGAUCAAUAAAGCUAAGAAGCGUGCUCAGGCACGUCCUCUGGAGCUAGAUGAGGUGGAAAAUCGGCACGAUAAGUGUGUCAGACAAAUGCGUGAGGCAGAGACGGAGGUGAAUAAGGUCCAGCAACGCAUCAAUUUGCUGAGAGAGCAAAAGCGCGAUAGUCUUGCUGUGUAUGGCAACCGGAUCCCGCAACUGCAACAACUUAUUCACAAAAAUCGCCACCGGUUUGCUGCGCCCCCUAUCGGACCCCUGGGUCUUAGUGUAAAGCUCCCCGAGCGAUACAUGCACUUUGCCGUUGCAAUCGAAAUCGCACUGAAGGGCCAGCUGGGAAGUUACCUGGUGAUCAACGGGAAAGACAAAGCGGUGCUAGAGGAUCUAAAGCGUCAGGCGCGUUGUCCACCUAACAAAGCCAACAUCAUUAUUUCGCAGCGUGCAGGACGCCGUUAUGACAAUUUGCGUCUGGCAGAAGGAAGCCUUGCUGACCACGCAAUUUGCAACAUUCUUGAGGUGAACAAUGACGACGUCUUCAACGCUCUCAUUGACGUAUGCAGCUUGGAAAGCAAGUUGCUGUUCGAUAGUCGUCAGUUGGCUGAGGAUAGCGUUUUGAGCGGCUCAAGCGGCAACUUCAGGAUGGCGCGUUUCGUGUCAGAGGUGUUCCUUCCUAACGGCGACAAGUUCAUCGUUCGUUCUGGCAAUUUGGCAUUCAUUGCCAACAAGCUACACCUCCGUAGCUCCAUCAUUUGCCAGGAUGUGGAGGGCGAGAUCAAGGACUUGGAACAGAAGCUCCAUUCCCUUCAGACGAAUCUGGAGGUCUUCCGUCGUGAUGAGUCUCGGCUACGACAGGACCGUGAAGAACAUCGCCACCAGAUCAAGCAGCAGAACGAUCACAUUGACUACUUAUCACGUCGAUACAAUCAGAAGCGUGCAGGAUUGCGCAGUCUCGAGGAGGAACUGUCUGAUGACUUGCAGCAGCACACGCUGGAUACAUCUGUGCUGGAGGACGAAGUGAGAGGCGUCGAGGGUGAAUUGGAAGGUUAUGAUUGUCGUGAGCAAGAGCUGAAUGAGAUUCUUUCCAGGUCGAACCCGGAUUUGGAAGGUCAGCUGCGGGACCUUGAGGAACUAGACGCGGCAGAGAAAGAGAUUGCUGCCGAAAUGAACGAGUACCAGGCCGAAGCGGAUGCGAUCUACAAGUGUCUGAGCGAAAUGAAGGUACAGGAGAUGACGUGCCAGCGGGAGGCAGCUACGUUACGUGACAUGGUUGUGCAGUGGGAAGACGAGCUAGCAACACUUCAGGAAGAGUGCGAGGAACAGAAACACAAGGCGCAGCAGCACUGUGAACGAGUCUCGGUCACGCACUCGCAUGAUUAUUACGGCAAACGGUUGACUGACAUCAAACGCCAGAUUGAUCACGAACGGAGUCGGUUUCGAGGCAUGGACCUGUCGGAGCUAAAGGAUGACAUGGAGGCGAAGACGAUCAAGUACACGAGCAAGAAGGCCAACUUCGACAAGUUUCGAGAUAACCUCGAGCGCAUUCGGUCGAUGCUGGAGGAGCGUAAACGGGUGUGGCAGAUCCUGCGGAAGGAGAUCGCUCAUCGGACGUCCAUGGAGUUCAACAAGUUCAUGUGCCUGAAUAACUUUGCAGGCAAGCUAAAGUUCAGACAUGACGAUCAGCGGCUCGAAAUUGCUGUCUUGCAUAAUGAAAAAGGAGCGUCACGAGCAUCGCAAGUGACUGACAUGAAGGAACUCUCUGGCGGCGAGCGGUCUUACACUCAAGUGUCGCUGCUGCUGGCGCUCGGCGAGAGCAUUGAGUGUCCAUUUCGAGUGAUGGACGAGUUCGACGUGUUUAUGGACUCGGUGAACCGUGACAUGACCAUCCAAUUGCUCGUGAAAGCUGCCAAGAAGGACGGCAAGAAGCAGUUUAUCUUCGUAACUCCCAACGACCUCAGUACGCUACGCCGCGAUCCAAUGGUGAAGAUCCAGAAAAUGCACCCGCCGCGAGAUCGACUGAAUGCAGAGCAGGACUGA